AACGGGCGCACGCGCGGCGCAGAUCAGCCAGCGUAAGCAUAAGCCACCGCCGCCACUCGUUCGGUCGCUCCGUUCCACUUCCACAGCGGGCGCCAUGGACGCGGCCGUGUCCCUGCACCACCACGGGGCGCUCCCCGCCGCCGCAGCCUCCCUCCAGCCCCACCACCACCACCGCGCGCUCCACCUCAGGCACCCGCCUCCGGCCUCCUCCAUCUCCGCGCGCCUGACCGUGACCGCGCCGCCCCGCCGCUCCUCCUCCUCCUCGUCUGUCUCCGCCGCUCCGCCGGCGCACCCGGCGCGUGCCAGCACCAAAACCAUCACCAGCAGCCGCGCCGCCACGGGCUACGCGGCCGCGCUAGCCGACGCGUCGCUCCGCGCGGGCACGCUGCCCGGGGCCGCCCGCCACGCGCGCGCCCUGCUCCGGCGCCUGAAGGAGCCUCCCCGCGGGCAGCGCCUGGAGGAGCCCGACGCGCGGGUGGGCGCGCUGGUGCGGCUGCUCGUCGGCAAGGGCAAGGCCGGCAUGGUCGCCGACGUCAUGGCCGAGUUCGCCGCCCUCUGCGACCACCUGCUCGCCCCGCCGCCGUCUUCAGCCUCGUCGAGCAAGCGCGCCCAGUGCGCCCCCGCCUACUAGCGCCUGAUGCACGUAACGCCACGCUGGUAUCAACUGCAGAUGCCCAACUGCUUGCUACUGUACUAUGAUUGUAUAAUUAACUGUGAGCACUGUCCAUGCGCGUACGCACCACAAAUCUUCUGUCCAACUGCUUGCCACCAUGAUCAUAUUGUAGUCGAUGGAACCCAGAUGUUUCUAGUCUUGUACAGAUAAGGCCACUUCAUUCAUCGUCAUUCAACCGCUCGAAACUAAAACAAUUCAUUAUUGA